GCUGAGGAUGAAGGGUGGAGGCUCCGAGGCUGUGCCCGUGUCCUCUCGGACGCCGACCGGGCUCGUGCUCCACCUUUUCCACUCAAUUGCGUCACGGUUUUCACACGCCGCGCCCCCCCGUGCGACCCGAUCGAUCCAUCCGUCCCACAGGCCGCCCACCGUUCGAUCCCCCUAUAUUUACCACGCCGUCCCGGCGCCAAGCACCCAAACCAAUUGCCCUGUUCCAUGGCUCGUGACUUGUAAAAGAUUCAUCGGGUUCACAGCAGCUGUGCACACUUCCGUGCACAGAGAAGCACAGGCGACGACGCUGCUGAUGGACUCGGCGCGGCGUGCCGGCUGCCCCCCGGUCUGCCUCGACCUCAGCGUCGGCCUGCUCAGGCCGUGGGUGGCGAACGGCACGGAGAUGGAAGACCGUCCGGCCAGUAGCAGGGCGACGUUGUCCACGACCGACGAGGAGACCAAGACCCUCGAGGCCAAGCUCAACCAGAUGAGCGAGGAGAACCGACGGCUGACCGAGAUGAUCGCCCACCUGUACGCCAGCCAUAUCGCGCAGCCGGCCGCGUCCCCGACGCCGGCGGGCAAGAAGAGGGGCAGGGAGAGCUCGGAGGUGUCGAACUCCUGUGACGCCAACGGUAACCACAGAAGCAGCGCCGCCAACGCCGACCAUGUCUCCGAGAGUCCGCUGAGCGACGGCGGCUUGUGCAAGCGGAUCAAGAUCAGCAGGGUCUGCACCCGGAUCGAUCCGUCUGACACGACCCUCGUCGUCAAAGACGGGUACCAAUGGCGCAAGUACGGGCAGAAGGUGACGCGCGACAAUCCGUCCCCGAGAGCCUACUUCCGGUGCGCCUUCGGGCCCUCCUGCCCCGUCAAAAAGAAGGUGCAGAGGAGUGCCGAAGACAGCUCGGUGCUGGUGGCGACGUACGAGGGCGAGCACAACCACGCAAGCCCGACGCUCGCCGGCGAGCUGCCGAGCUGUGCCACGCAGAGCGGGUCCGUGCCGUGCUCCAUCUCCAUCAACUCCUCCGGACCGACCAUCACGCUGGACCUCACCAAGAAUGAAGGCGGCGGCGUGCGUGUGCUCGAAGAGGCCGAGGCGGCACCGGGCCUCAAGAAGCUUUGCAGGGAGAUCGCGUCGCCGGAGUUCCGGACGGCGCUGGUGGAGCAGAUGUCAAGCUCGCUGACCAGCGACCCAAACUUCACCGGCGCGCUCGCCGCGGCGAUACUGCAGCAGCUGGCUGAGUGCUAGAGUUCAGAGGCCGGUGUCAUGGUUUAGAAACCUCAGUCUUCUGCAGCUGUUCUUCAGAAAAACUUGGUACCAAUAGUGCACUUGUACUGUGAUUAGGGCCUGAUCUCCCCAAAAUUUUAAAUAAUUUUGUACAUUUCAAAUGUCCAAAGUUUCAUCACGAAUUCAAAAUAAGGACCGUCGUCGAAGACCACUUGCUGAUA